AUGGAGAUGGAAUACAUUGUAAAUGGAAUAGAUCUUGGUGAGUGGGAAUUUACUGCCGAAGCAACUCCAGCUAAAGCAAUUGGAGGUCGUUGUCGCUCAGCUAGAAUCAACCAAUCAAUUUUAAAUAUCCUUUUGAGCAGAAAGUUGACUGAUGAGCAAGUGAAAUUCCAUUUUGCAAAUUGCUGGAGUUUGUGGACAAGUAGAAAACCUGUUGAUGAUUACAAUGCAAAUCAACAUUCCGUGGUGACACCAAAGAAUAAAUCUCAAAAAUCUCAAGUAUUAACCGUGACUGAAGAAAUGAAAAGUAAAGCAGGAAAACAUUGA